CGGGCGGCAUGGCGGGCCGGCGGGUGAACGUGAACGUCGGCGUGCUGGGCCACAUCGACAGCGGGAAGACGGCGCUGGCGCGCGCGCUGAGCACCACGGCCGCCACGGCCGCCUUCGACCGCCCGCCGCAGAGCCGCGCGCGCGGCGUCACGCUCGACCUGGGCUUCUCGAGCUUCGCCGCGCCGCUGCCCGGCGCCGGGGCGCUGCAGGUGACGCUGGUGGACUGCCCGGGGCACGCGUCCCUCAUCCGGACCAUCAUCGGCGGGGCUCAGAUCAUCGACCUCAUGAUGCUGGUCAUCGACGUUACCAAGGGCAUGCAGACGCAGUCCGCGGAGUGCCUGGUGAUUGGCCAGAUCGCCUGCCAGAAGCUGGUCGUGGUGCUCAACAAGGUGGACCUUCUGGCCGAGGGCAAGAGGCAGGCGGCCAUCGACAGGAUGACCAAGCGCAUGCGGAAGACGCUGGAGGGCACCAAGUUCCAGGGGGCACCAGUCGUGCCUGUGGCCGCCAAGCCCGGGGGACCAGAGGCCCCUGACACUGAAGCUCCACAGGGCAUCCCAGAGCUCAUCGAGGUCCUGAUGUCCCAGAUUUCCAUCCCAGAGAGAGACCCCUCGGGCCCGUUCCUCAUGUCUGUGGACCACUGCUUCUCCAUCAAAGGCCAGGGCACCGUGAUGACUGGCACGGUGCUGUCGGGCGCCGUCAGCCUCGGGGACAGCGUGGAGAUCCCUGCCCUCAAGGUGGUGAGGAAGGUGAAGACCAUGCAGGUGUUUCACACGCCGGUCACCUCGGCCAUGCAGGGGGACCGUCUGGGCCUCUGCGUGACUCAGUUUGACCCCAAGCUGCUGGAGCGCGGGCUGGUGUGUGCGCCCGACACGCUGCGCACCGUGCACGCCGCCAUCAUCUCUGUGGAGAAGAUCCCCUACUUCCGGGGGCCCCUGCAAACCAAGGCCAAGUUCCACAUCACCGUGGGCCACGAGACAGUCAUGGGCCGCCUGCUGUUCUUCAGCCCGGCCCCGGACGGCCUCGACCAGGAGCCUGCGCCGGACUCCUUCGACUUCUCCCGGGAGUACCUCUACCAGGAGCAGUACUUGAGCAAGGACGCGGCGCCCGCAGCGCCCGACGGCCAGGCCGACCGCGCAGGCCGGGCGCCCGAGGGUGGCUGCCCGCGGCAGCAGUGGGCACUGGUGGAGUUCGAGAAGCCCAUCACCUGUCCACGGCUGUGCCUGGUGAUUGGCUCCCGGCUGGACGCGGACAUCCACUCCAACUCCUGCCGGCUGGCCUUCCACGGCACCCUGCUCCACGGGCUGGAGGACAGGAACUACACGGAGAGCUUCCUCCCCACGCUGAGGGUGUACAAGCUGAAGCACAAGCACGGCGUGGUGGACCGGGUAAUGGAUGACUACAACGUGAUCGGCCGCUCCCUUUUCAAGAAGGAGACCAACAUCCAGCUGUUCGUGGGGCUCGAGGUGACCCUGUCCACUGGCGAGCGAGGCCUCAUCCACAGCGCCUUUGGCCAGAGUGGCAAGUUCAAGAUCCACAUCCCUGGUGGCCUCGGCCCUGAAUCCAAGAAGACCCUGGCGCCUGCCCUCAAGAAGCGCGUCCGGCCCGGCCUGGGGGAAGUGGCCAGGCCGGAGGAGGGCCCCGAGCGGCCCGAGCCCCAGCACGUGACACUCAGCCUGUCCUUCAAGCGCUACGUCUUCGACCCCCACAAGCGCAUGGUCCAGUCCUGAGGAGCGACCGGCAGCCGGGCCGAGCGCCGGCGCCCACCCACGGGUGCCUCACUUCCGCCCCACGGCCCUACGGCCCAGCGCAGGGCGGGCUGUCAGAGGCCAGGGGCCGGCCCCGCGCCUGCCCCCCACCCCGGGCAGCUGGGCCGAGGCCCGCAGCCCGGGCUCACCGCUGCCCAGCGCGGCAGCCCUCAGCAAUGGCAAAUAAACGGGCAGU